CAUGGUAUUGAAGAUAUGAGAAACUUUAUUUGAGAUCUUAGGUACACGGUAAGGUGAUCAGUCUUGACCGUGACACAGGCGAGUAACGACUAAAGCCUAUCACACAAUGGGAAAGCACAGGGAAUAGGAAUAGGGAAUAACACAGGCAACAGAAAUAACUAAAUUCCAACUUACCAGAAACCGUGCAUCGACGCACAAUGGAAUAUGGAAUAGGCAAUAGGAACAGAAUAUCCGACGCGUUGGAUUUCUAUUCCCUAUUCCCUGUGCCUGACCAAUCACAGUCGAGACUCUGGGACAGGCAAGUGGUUUGAAGAACUUUGCAGGUUAUAAUUUUCGUAAAUACUUUUGAAGUGCAAACGCUAUGUCAGCGAUGUAUAAUCACGAAUAUUGCAAAUUGAACAAAAAAUUCAACACAUCGAUAGAGGCUGACAACAUAGAAGAAGACGAGAUAGCUAAUAUUGAUAUAGAAUGUAUGCAAAGUGAAAAAGUAGGCGAUGAAUUGUUAAUAGAUCUUGUGAGAUCUCGCCCAUUUCUAUAUGACAAAAGUUUGCAAGAAUAUCGUGAUCCGAGCAUGAAGGAAAAUGCAUGGGCAGAGAUCUCUUCUGUCAUAAAUAUGUCAGGUAAAUAUGUGUAUAUGUAUACAUAUAUAUAUGUAUGUAUGUAUGUGUAAGACUUCUCUACUAAAAUUUCCUGUUGCUUAUAUCUAAUUCUAUUUUUGUAUAAAUGUUUAUUGUAGCAUCAGAGUGUCAAACACGUUGGGUUCGUCUUCGCCAACGUUUUAGUAAAGAAAGACAGCAGCGAGAGCUGGAAACAAGAAGCGGAGCAGGCAAACCCACGAGGCAAAAAUGGUUUCUAUUUGAUAACCUAAAUUUUUUGAGCCGAUUUGUCUUUCAGAGAAAAAGUCUUAGUAAUGUCGGUACAAAAGUCAAUAUGAAUCAAAAUUAUGUUCAAAACCAAUGUUACCAGGAUGACAUCAACGUUACGCCAGCGGCAUCGAUGGUUUUGCAAGCACCAGUAUGUUCGCCGUUACAGCAAUCCACUCCUUCGCCAUUACAGCAAUUAACUACUUCGCAGUUACAACAACCACCUUCGCCGAUGUUAAGAUCAAUUCCUUCACCGUUGCAACACUCAAAUCCGCCGAUACUAAGAUCAACUCCUUCGCCGUUAGAACAACCACUUUCGCCGAUGCAAAGGUCGGUAAAAGUGCCGAAUAGGGGACCCAGCUCCUACGACCUUGACCUUCAAGGUCAAGG